AUGGGCAAUCAAAUUUCCUACCUCGAAACUCCACAUGAAGUUGAUCUGGGCCCCAAAGGCAGGCUUAGAGGAAUUCAAUAUGACAACAAAGCUCGCCGGUAUGCAGGUGUACCCUACGCCCUGCCACCAGUGGGUGCCCACCGCUGGAAAAAGCCUCGCCCUUUACCCGUUGGAUACAGCUACAGUGAAUCGGGAAGUCCUUUUGACGCCUCGUUCUUCCGGCCUGUUUGCCCUCAGGCGGUAUUUGACUCCGGAGCCGAGAAGGGCGUCGGCCCGGAAACUUAUAGCGAGGACUGCUUGCUGCUGAAUAUCUGGACGCCUGUCGAGGACCCAGAGAACCCAAAGAAGAAAUGGCCGGUCGUCCUUUGGCUUCACGGUGGUUGGUUCCAGCUAGGCGAUCCUCUUCAAGAAGUUGGAAUGAACCCCACCGAGAUGAUCUCCACUGGAAAGCUCAACGCCAUCGUGGUCGGUAUCGGCUACAGGCUCAACGUCUUUGGAUUCCUUGCUGGUCAGGCUCUGCUUGAAGAAAGUGAUGGCGAUAGCGCUGGCAAUUUCGGUCUCUGGGACCAGCGUUUGGCCAUGGAAUGGGUCUACGAAAAUAUCGGGGCUUUCAAUGGUGACAUCAAUAAUAUCACACUGGGCGGUCGCAGUGCUGGAUCCUACGGCGUGCAGGCACAAGUCCUCUAUGACUUCCGACGUGAAACGAAGCUAUUCCAUCGUUUCUACAUGAUUUCGAAUGCGAUUCCAGCACAACCCAAGGCUCUUUCUGACGUCAAUCCUCAAUUCGACGAACUGUGUGAGUACUUUGACGUCCCGGCCGCCCUUUCUGGUCCAGAAAGAUUGGACCAACUGCGCGAAGUGAGCCAUCAAGAUCUUGUCGCCGCGCUGAAGAAUCUCAAAAACCAUACCUUCCGCCCGGUGACAGAUGAGCUUUUUAUCUUCAACGGAUUCACCGACUACAAUCACAGUGGUGCAUUUGCUGAGGAAUUCAAGAAGCGGAAUCUACGGAUAUUCAUUGGAGAAGUUCUCAACGAAGAGACUCUCUACGCAACAUACAACAACCCCGAGCCCAAUCUCGAAUCUUUGCGACUGCAAGUUUCGAACUAUUACGCACCGGAGACAACAGAUCGUGUUAUAAAGUCAUACAAGCUUCCAACCACAGAGGAUCGAAACGAAUGGAACACACUUUUCGGAAAUAUAAUUGCAGACGGUCAAGUUCGAGCUCCCUCGCGAUGGCUGGUGAAUUGUCUUAGCAAUCAUGGUGUGCCUCUACGCGACAUCUGGCGGUAUCGCAUUGCGUACCGACUUUCGUUCAUUACAGAUAAGGUUACACCUUUGUCAUUUGGUGUGGCACACGCCACGGAUAAACCAUUUUGGAACUUCUCGAUCAUGCACGGCCCCACUCCACAAGAAAGAAAGCUUUUGGAAGAUUGGAUUGAAGCUUUCGUCGCAUUUGUGAAUGAUGACCAAGGAUACGAUUACGGCACGGCCUCAAUCGAUGAGAUGAGGGUUGCAACGCCGGACUGCAAGAUCGAGGUUGAAAAAGAUGAAAGAUGGUCAAAUUUGGUGAAGUUGGGGGAAAUUUUCGCGAAUGAUGUUUAA